CUUGUAAGCCCCCUUCCCAUUUUCUUUCUCCUUCUCGGCAAAACUUUGGCGUCUUUCUGUGCUCUUUUUCCUUCUUCUUGAUUUUUUUUUUCUUAAAGCUCUACCUUUGAACUUAAGCCAUCAUCAUCUUCCAUGUGUUUUUCCUCAAUCUUGAUCUUGGAUUCCAAUUUCUUGAUUCGAAAUCAAGUACCCACUUCUUGAUCUUUUAUAUAAACCUCUGUAUUGAUUGAAACCUGCUAUUAUUUUCUUGACUUCCAAUCUCAAAAAGUUGUCAGCUUUUGGAUUGGUGUUUUUGAGACUGUUUUAAGCAUCAAUCUACAAAUUUUGCCCAUCUUUCUUCUGUGGGUUUUUUGAAGUUUUUCUUGAUGCUAAGUAUUUUGAUCUUGAUGUUUGAGAUUCAUGUCUCCAAUUAUCAGUGAAAUCUUCCUUUCUGGGUUUAUGAUCAAUUCCACUUACAGGCGCAGGACCCAUCUUGUUCAAUCUUUCUCAGUUGUUUUCCUCUACUGGUUAUACUACGUUUCAUGAUUUUGGCUCUAAAUCUGAAAUUUAGACUAUAAGUCUAUAUAUUUAUCUAUACUAUAUUACUAUUUUCUGCAUUAUUGUGAGUUUAUUACUGUUUUGGGCCCUGCUAUAACUCUCUCUUGAUUGCUUUUAUUCUGUUAAAAAAGGGAAAAAAAAAAUUUGUGUGUUCUUUUUCUGUUGGGUUUUCAUGGCUUCCUCUAGUGGAACAUCUUCAGGGUCAACUUCGAUGCAGAACUCAGGUUCUGAAGAGAAUUUGCAGGUGUUGAUGGAUCAGAGGAAGAGGAAAAGGAUGAUAUCAAAUCGGGAAUCAGCAAGGAGGUCUCGGAUGAGAAAACAGAAGCAUUUGGAUGAUCUAAUGGCACAGUUGGCUCAGCUGAGGAAGGAGAACCUCCAGCUUAUCACAAGCAUCGACAUCACAACUCAGCAAUACCUGAUCAUGGAGGCUGAUAACUCUAUCCUCAGGGCUCAGGUUGGUGAGCUUAGCCACAGAUUACAGUCUUUGAAUGAGAUCAUUACCUUCCUGAGUGCAAGCGAUGGUGCUCAUGGAGAUUCAAGCACUUUCAAUGAGCCGGCUGAUAGCUUCUUCAACCCACUGAACAUGUCAUAUCUGAAUCAGCCUAUAAUGGCCUCUGCAGAUAUGUUUCAAUACUAGCUGAGACCCAUCUCCAGAUUCUUGGGACUUCAAUGGAGGAUUGGGAGAGAGAGAGAGAGAGAGAGAGAGGGAGAGAUAAGAUAUGCCCUUUUUAUUGUAGUAAGAAAACAUCAACAGGUAGUGGUCAAAUAAGGACUAAUAAGGGAUCUGUAGAAGAACCAAGGGAUGUGCUUAUUGGUCUGUAAAUGUGGUUUCCUAUUACGAUUAUUAUGGUUCAAGGGCAGAUGAUGAUGAUGUAGUUUUCUGCUGUUAUCAAUUAAUGUAAUGCUAUUUUGACUUUUA